CCUUUUUUGGGGGGCUGUUUUGCAGGAGCUGGUCAUUUUGCUUCUUCUUCUUUUGGCGGGGAAGCGCAUCCUCCCCCCCAAAAAAUACUUCAGAGUGCUGGAAGAGGAGUGAGUUGGGGCGAGAGAGUUGAGUAAUUGGUGCUUUUUCCUCUGAAACUGCGCGCCGUCGACUGCGGUCCGUUCGUGUCCAUCUAGCUGGCUGUCAGCACCGGCUCGGUUUCUGACGAUGGCGAGGAUGAGCCAAGCGGCCACUUACGGAUUUGUCCACCUGAGGGAGGAUUUUAGGCUUUCUUGAUGCCCGAAGCGGGGCUCUAAAAGGCUGCGCCGGUUCGUAUCAGCCUCUGGAACCGUCCAAAAGAAGAUAAUCUCGGACACAGCGCUGGCCAGGGGGUGGAAGAAGUAAGUGGUCGAGCGAGACUGAGGUGCUACCUCCCCAGGGCAUCAUGGCUUUCUCUGUGGGAUUGUUUCUGCUGUGGGCCCUGCUGGUGGACUCAAUCAACGGGGCUCUGGGUGGCAUCCUCUACCGCGUGCGAGAGGAACAGCCGCCAAGCACGCUGAUAGGCAGCCUGGCAGCUGACCAGGGCUUACCAGAUACUGGACAUCUGUAUAAGCUGGAGGUGGGCGCCCCUUACCUGCGGGUGGAUGGGAAAACAGGGGAGAUUUUCACUACCGAGAUCCCCAUAGACAGAGAGACCCUGAAGGAUUGCCGAAUCAAGGGGAAGCCAUGCUUUCUGGAGUUUGAAGUGUCUGUCACAGACCUCAUCCAGAACCAGAGCCCCCGGCUGAUUGAGGGACGGAUUGAAGUGCUGGACAUCAAUGAUAACACCCCGCAGUUUCCCUCACCUGUCCUUACUCUCUCGGUGCAGGAGAACGCUCAUAUGGGGGCCACCUUCUCCAUCCCCCAGGCCACUGACAAAGACACAGAACGGAAUGGAGUAGUUAAGUAUGACCUGAACGCUGGACCUGAGGCUGGUGCGCUCUUUGGCCUGCAAAUGGCAAAUGACAGGGGCGAGAAAUUGCCUCAGCUCAUUGUGCUGGGAAACUUGGACAGGGAACUGAAAGACUCUUACGACCUAACCAUCAAAGCUGUGGAUGGGGGAACCCCACCUCGCUACAGCAGUGCCUUGCUGAGAGUCGUCAUCACGGAUGCCAAUGACAAUGCCCCCCAGUUCGAGAAAUCCUCCUACGAAGCAGAAGUUUCAGAGAACAGUCCUGUUGGGCACUCAGUAUUGCAGGUCAAGGCCAACGACUCUGAUCUUGGUGCAAAUGGUGAGAUAGAAUACACCAUACAUCAGGCCAGCGACCCAGUGCCAAAGCUGCUACAGAUCGACCAUUCAACUGGCAUCAUAUCUGUCAGAGGUUCAUUGGAUCGUGAGGAGAUCAGCAGCCUGAAAUUUCAUGUCAUUGCCCGGGACAAAGGUCCCUCUCCCAAAAGCUCCACAGCAUAUGUUUCCAUUGAGGUGACUGACCAGAAUGACAAUGCACCAGCUGUGGAGAUCCGUGGUAUUGGUCUUAGGACCCAUAGUGAUGGGGUAGCAAAUAUAUCAGAGGACAUGCCAGUUGGCACAGCGGUGGCCCUCGUGCAGGUUUCAGAUAAGGAUGAGGGAGAGAAUGCUGUGGUGACUUGUGUGGUGGCAGGUGAUGUUCCCUUCCAGCUCCGGCCAGCUGGCGAUUCCUCUAUCGAUAACAAGAAGAAGUACUUCCUGCAGACUACCACGCCUCUGGACUACGAGCGGGUCAGGGACUACCGGGUGGAGAUUGUGGCCGUCGACUCAGGCAACCCAGCUCUGUCCAGCACCAAUUCCCUGAAAGUACAGGUGACUGACACUAAUGACAAUUCUCCCAUAUUCUCACCACCACUGUUCGAAGUAGAGUUUGCUGAAGAGAACCAACCAGGAGAGAAGGUUCUUGAUGUUGUUGCUCAGGAUGCGGACAGUGGCACCAAUGCAGAGCUUGUCUACAGCAUCAUUGCGGACUCCUCAACAAGGGGCCUAUUUGAGAUCGACCCCAGCUCAGGGGAAGUACGAGCAAGGAGCCCACUUGACCGUGAGCACAAGGAACGCUAUGAGUUCCGUGUUACUGCGGCCGACAAGGGUGUUCCCAGCCACAGAGGAACGGCCACAGUUGUGAUUAAAGUUCUGGAUAGGAACGACAAUGAUCCCAAGUUUAUGCUGAGUAGUUACAGCUUCUCUGUCCAGGAGAAUAUGCCACCGCUUAGCCCUGUCGGCAUGGUGACUGUAUUAGACAUGGAUAAGGGUGAAAAUGCCCAAGUGCAGCUCUCCGUGGAACCUGAUGUUGGAAAGUUUGUAGUCCAGAAUGGCACAGGGACCAUCCUUUCCAGCAUCUCUUUUGACCGGGAGAAAGAAAGCAGCUACACCUUUCGACUCAAAGCAGUGGAUGGAGGGGAACCUCCGAGGUCAUCUUAUGUUGGUGUGACCAUCAAUGUUCUUGAUGAGAACGACAAUGCUCCUGUUGUUACCAAACCUUCAAAUUCAUCUUUCAGACGUUUGUCUCCUUUGGCUGCACCUGACAGUGUUGUUGAAGUAGUGGAGGCAGAAGACAUAGACUCUGGCUCCAAUGCUGAACUGGUCUAUAGCAUUACUGGCGGGAAUCCCCAUGACCUCUUCGACAUCUCUCCCUCUGAUGGGGAGAUCAAACUAUCCAAGGAACUGACUCGAAAACAUGGAGGCCUGCAUCGCUUGGUGGUGAAAGUGAGCGAUAGGGGUAAGCCUUCACGCCACGCCAUUGCCUUGGUUCACAUUUACGUUAAUGAGACCAUUGCAAAUGUCAGCCUCGUGGAGGCUCUAGUGGGACAUAGUUUGUACACGCCUCUGGAUACGGACAUUGCAGGUGACCCAGACUAUGGUUUAGCUACCCAGAGAAGCAACAUUGUGUAUGGCAGCUUGGCUGGUGUGGCAGGAGUUGUCACUGUAAUCAUAGUGGUAGUCUUCAUCAGGCAUCGUCUCCAGCGAGAAACCAAGAGCGGCUACCAAGCUGGCAAGAAGGAGACCAAGGACCUAUAUGCCCCCAAGCAAGGGCCAAAGAGCAUCAAGGGCAAAAAAGGGAGAAAGGGCAAGCCUCCAAAGUCACCCAAACCUCUUGGAGAAGAAGAGGAAGUUAGCCUCCAGAAGAGUUUGAAAUUUAACAUUGAUGGGGUCAACGACAGCCCUAGGAUCCACCUACCCUUGACCUACCCGCCUGGCAGCCCCGACUUGGGCAGACAUUACCGUUCCAAUUCACCCCUGCCCUCCAUUCAGCUCCAGGCCCAGUCUCCAUCUGCCUCCCAGAAGCACCAGGCUGUCCAGGAGCUCCCUGCUACAAACACCUUUGUGGGAACAGGAGGAGAUGACAACUCUACCGGCUCGGACCAGUACUCGGAUUACAGUUACAAGACCAAUCAGCCGAAAUACAGCACAAAAUCGCUGCCGCAUCGCAGAGUGACGUUCUCCACCACCAAUCCCGUGCAGGACCUGCAGGACUCGUCCCAGCAGAGCUAUUACGACAGCGGCCUGGAGGAGUCCGAGACCCCCAGCAGCAAGAGCUCGUCAGGCCCUCGCAUCGGACCGCUGGCCCUGCCCGAGGACCACUACGAGCGGACCACGCCAGACGGCAGCAUCGGAGAGAUGGAACACCCGGAAAACGAUAUCCGCUCCCUGCCCGACGUCGCCAUGACAGGGAACUGCAGUCAGGAGUGCAGCGAGCUGGGCCACUCGGACGCCUGCUGGAUGCCGGGGCAGCCGUCCCCAGUCCGAAAGAGCCGCAACCCUCCCAAGCUCUCCACCUUCGUGCCUUAUCAGGAGAGAGGGAGCCUGGGCCGGCUGGCCAACGGGAACGCCCCCCGGCUGGGCGGAGACGAGCCCCGGCCCCGCCUACCCCCUUCCCGCAGUGCCUACUCCAGCAGUGACCACGUCCCCAGUGACCACGCCCCACUGGAGGAGGUGCCUCUGAGCGUCACCUCGGAGUUCCCGCCCACCAGCCCCACCUCCAACCACGCCUCCAAAAGGGAAAUUUACCUGUGAGCUUAACCCACGGCCCUACCGACUGACACACAGCUGAAAGAAGGCGCGGCGCAGAAACGAGACGAGACGUCCACGAAGAGGCAUCGAAACCACGUUGACUGGACGUAAUGCCACUUGAAUAGCGAAUCCAGGCUAUUAGUGAACAACAAAAGUGUGAUAGAUUUGUACAUUUAUUUAUAUUUCUAUUUAUUUAUGCACUCAUGAAUUCAUCUAUUUAUUACUUUGAUCUGUUUUUCGGUUCCUUGAAAUGCAUUCGUUCCACAUACUACCACGAACCAUGAAAAAAAAAAAGAAA